AUGAUGUUCCCUGGCCUCCUCGCGCCCCCCGCCGGGUACCCGAGCCUCUUGCGCCCCACGCCCACCUUAACGCUGCCCCAGUCCCUGCAGUCGGCAUUUUCCGGCCAUUCGAGCUUUCUGGUGGAGGAUCUGAUCCGCAUCAGCCGGCCUCCGGCUUACCUGCCCCGCAGCUUACCCACGGCCAGCAUGUCGCCCCCUAGGCAGGGGGCCCCCGCGACUCUCACAGACACCGGGACCUCGGACCUGGGCUCCCCGGGUCCAGGCAGCCGACCGGACGGUUCACCUCAGACGGCCGCCGCCCCUGCCAGCGAGCCAACGUUUCUGAAGUUUGGGGUUAACGCCAUCCUCUCCUCUGCUCCCAGAACCGAAACAUCCCCUGCCUUACUCCAGAGCGUCCCUCCCAAGACCUUCGCCUUUCCCUACUUUGAAGGCUCCUUCCAGCCUUUCAUCAGAUCUUCUUAUUUCCCAGCGUCCUCGAGCGUCGUGCCCAUCCCGGGGACCUUCUCCUGGCCGCUUGCUGCCCGCGGCAAGCCUCGCAGAGGCAUGCUGCGACGAGCCGUGUUCUCCGACGUGCAGCGCAAGGCUCUGGAGAAGAUGUUCCAGAAGCAGAAGUACAUCAGCAAGCCCGACCGCAAGAAGCUGGCGGCCAAGUUGGGCUUGAAAGACUCACAAGUGAAAAUCUGGUUCCAGAACCGACGCAUGAAGUGGCGGAACUCCAAGGAGCGCGAGCUUCUGUCUAGCGGGGGCUGCCGAGAGCAGACCCUUCCCACGAAACUCAAUCCGCACCCGGACCUCAGCGACGUGGGCCAGAAGGGCCCAGGGGAUGACGAGGAGGAAGACGACGGCCCGGGCAGCCCCCGCCACCGCCUGGUCUAUCACGCGUCCCCCGACCCUCGGCACCUGCGGGACCCGCGGCUGGAAGGGCCGCUGCCUGCCUCACCGGCUCACUCCAGCAGCCCCGGCAAGCCUUCGGACUUCUCCGACUCCGAGGACGAUGAGGAGGGCGAAGAGGAGGAGAUCACCGUGUCUUAG